GCUCAUGAUGAAAGAGCGAAAAGCUUACAAUUUACAAAAUGAAACAAAGAAGGCUCCUUUAGAUGUUGAAUAUUAUAACGAGAUCGGUAUACAGGAGCCUAAAGAAAACCUCAAAAAUGUAUCCUUUAUUCAAAUGUUUAGAUACGCAACUAGAUCGGACAAAAUUUUAAUAGCGAUCGGUUUAACCUGCGCUGUCAUCACCGGAAUUUUGCAGCCCUUGAAUACAAUUCUUUUCGGAACACUUACGGGAGACAUCAUCGAAUAUGCUAUGAACAUACGCAAUGAUACUAUGGACAAAACAGUAGUCCAAGAUAACCUUAUAAAAUCCGUUUCAUUUUUUGCUUUAAUGAAUACCCUGAUAGGUGUAGGCAUGCUCAUAUUCAAUUAUCUUUCAACCGUUACUUUCAAUUACGCUGCGAUGAAACAAACAUUCCGAAUUAGAUCUGAGUAUUUAAAAGCGAUUUUAAAUCAGGAUGUAGCUUGGUACGAUUUGAAUCAAACAGGGGACUUUGCUAGUAGAAUGUCAGAUGAUUUGUACAAAUUCGAAGACGGCAUUGGAGAAAAAGUACCUGUGUUUUUGAGUUUCCAAGUCGUUUUUCUAACUUCAUUGACCAUUGCUCUCGUUAAAGGAUGGGAAUUAGCUCUUAUAUGUCUGACAUCCUUACCUGCCACGUUAAUUGCGCUGGGAAUAGUAGGAUUAUUAACAACCAAAUUAGCUAAGAAAGAGUUAGAAGCCUACGGAGCAGCUGGUGCUAUAGCCGAAGAAGCACUAUCUUUAAUCAGAACUGUUACCGCGUUCGGUGGACAAAAAAAGGAAAUAGAUAGGUACAACAAAAAUUUAGUGUUCGCCAGAAAAAACAACAUAAAGAGGUCCAUGUUCGGGGCAAUAGGUUUUGGCCUUCUGUGGUUUUUAAUCUACUGUAGUUACGCUCUUGCUUUUUGGUACGGAGUAAAAUUAGUUUUAAGAGACAGGAAAGCCACUGAUCCUGUAUACACGCCGUCAAAUAUGGUUACUGUUUUCUUCAGUGUAAUGACGGGCUCCAUGAACUUUGGAAUCGCAUCCCCGUACAUCGAAGCUUUCGGUAUUUCAAGAGCAGCAGCCGCCAAAAUUUUUAGCGUUAUCGACCAUAUACCUACCAUAAACCUAUCCAAAAGAAACGGUGUCAAACCAAAAUCGCUAAAUGGAAAUGUGGAAUUAAGAAACGUUCAUUUUCAUUACCCUUCAAGAACAGACGUGCCAGUUCUACAAGGAACUAACAUCAACAUAAAACCCGGAGAUACCGUAGCUCUUGUUGGUAGCUCCGGUUGUGGAAAAUCUACUGUCAUUCAACUGAUACAGCGACUUUAUGACGCAGAUUCCGGAGAGGUUCUUAUAGACGGGCUGAACAUUAAAAAUAUAGAUUUAACAUGGCUGAGGCAACAAAUAGGAGUAGUUGGCCAGGAACCAGUUUUGUUCGGUACCACCGUAAUGGAGAACAUCAGAUACGGAAAAGACGGAGUUACCGAUGAAGAAAUCAUGGAAGCCGCUAGAAAGGCUAAUGCUCACAAUUUUAUCAGAGGCCUACCUAACGGAUACCAAACGUUAGUGGGUGAGAGAGGAGCUCAACUUUCUGGCGGUCAGAAACAAAGAAUUGCAAUAGCUAGAGCGCUGGUGAGAAAGCCCACAUUAUUGUUAUUAGACGAAGCUACAUCGGCUUUAGACAAUACAAGCGAAGCUAAAGUACAAGCAGCUCUAGACGCGGCUAGUACAGGUUGUACUACAGUAAUCGUCGCUCAUCGAUUAUCUACCAUCCGCGGAGCAAAUAAAAUUAUCGUUUUAUCGAACGGAGUUGUCGUAGAAGAGGGUACACACGAACAGUUAAUGGGGUUGAAGAAAGAGUAUUUCCGAUUGGUGACGGCGCAAGUUAAAUCAUUAGAAGCAUUCGCUCAAUCAAAUCAUGUCAAAGCAGAAACCAAAGCUCUCGUCGACGAUGAAGAAAUCAUGGAAACAAGCGACUCCAAAGAUAUCGCCGAUGAAUCCGACGAUUUUAGUGUCGAUAACGAUAGUUCAUUUAUAGAAAUAAUAAAAAUGAACGCUCCAGAAUGGCCGUACAUUUUAGUGGCUGCGAUAGGUUCUGUAAUUAUGGGAUGCGGUAUGCCAGUUUUUGCGGUAUUAUUCGGAAGUAUACUUGGUACUCUUGCAUAUUCUGAUGAGGAUUACGUACACUCUGAAACAAAUAAAUUUUGCCUCUAUUAUGUGAUAGCUGGAUUCAUUAGUAUGAUAUCGACAUUUUCACAGUUGUACUUAUUAGGAGUAGCGGGAGAAAAGAUGACUGAAAGAGUCCGUGCUCAAUUAUUCCAGGCGAUGAUAUCACAAGAAAUAGGAUUCUUCGAUAAAAAAGCUAAUGGUGUUGGUGCCUUGUGUUCCAGGCUUUCUUCAGAAGCUUCAAGCAUUCAAGGCGCUACUGGGCAACGUGUAGGUACUAUUAUGCAAUCUUUAGCUACUUUUGGCCUUGCAAUCGGUCUCUCGAUGUAUUACGAAUGGAGAUUGGGUUUGGUAACAGCAGCAUUUUCUCCUAUAAUUUUGAUAGCAUUGUUCUUCGAAAGACGCAAUUCGUCCGGACAAAAUGACUCCAGAGAUCAAGGCCUUCAAAAAUCAACAAAAAUCGCCGUAGAAGCAGUUGGUAAUAUCAGAACAAUCGCAUCUUUAGGAGUCGAAGAUAAAUUCCAUGAACUUUACGUUGCCGAACUAACACCGCAUUAUAAAUCGUCAUUGCGCAAGGUACAUGGGAGGGCUAUAGUGUUCGGAAUAUCCAGAAGUUUAAUGUUCUUUGCUUACGCCACGGCGAUGUAUUAUGGUGGUUAUCUCAUUAAAGGUGGACUCUAUUACGAUAAAGUGUUCAAGGUGUCACAAGCGCAAAUAAUGGGUACAGUUUCUAUAGCCAAUUCUCUGGCGUUUACUCCGAAUUUAAAAAAAGGAUUAGUUGCAGCGAGAAAAAUAAAACAUUUCCUUAGCAGAUUACCUCUAAUUCGGGAUAAAUCUAAUGCUAGAAUCCUUAAUAAGGCCGAUGGUGUUAUCAAUUAUUCCAAUAUUAAAUUUUCUUAUCCAACGAGACCUAACGUCGAAAUUCUGAAAGGGUUAGGCUUAAAUAUUCCCAAUGGCAAAACUAUAGCAUUAGUAGGAGAAAGCGGUUGUGGAAAAUCAACCAUCAUCCAAAUGAUCGAACGAUUUUACGACCCCAAGUCUGGAACCGUUAGUUUAGACGGCAAUAAUUUAAAGGACCUUUCACUAAAUUCGCUAAGAUCUUUCUUAGGUAUCGUAUCCCAAGAACCUAAUUUAUUCAACAAAUCUAUAGCGGAAAACAUCGCCUACGGAGACAAUUCGAGAGUAGUUGGCAUGGAUGAAAUAAUACAAGCUGCCAAGAAAGCCAACAUCCACACUUUCAUAUCCGGACUACCUAGAGGUUACGACACCAAAUUGGGAGAGAAGGCAGUGCAACUAUCUGGCGGACAAAAACAGAGAAUUGCCAUUGCUAGAGCAUUAGUAAGAAAUCCGAAGAUAUUGUUACUUGAUGAAGCUACGUCUGCAUUGGAUACUGAAAGUGAGAAGGUGGUACAAGAGGCAUUGGACGAAGCUAAGAAAGGAAGAACAUGCAUUACAAUCGCUCACAGAUUAACAACUAUACAAGACGCGGAUUUGAUUUGCGUUAUAGAUCGUGGAAUAGUCGCUGAGUCUGGAACACACCAAGAGCUGCUAGAGAAGAACGGACUUUAUUAUAAAUUAUACACGCAAAAAAGUUAAGCUUUUGAUGAGUUUCAGAGAAUUACUAAUGUCAGCAUUCACGUGUUCAGCAUUGAUCGAUACUUUGAGAUUAAAUAUAGUACCUAUAGUUAAUAUUUUAAAUAAUUUAUUUAAUAAAAGAAAUGAAACUUGA